GAGAUCACAAUGGCCCAAAGAAUGUUUAGAACACAUUUGCUGUUCUGCUUUGCUAUGGCUGCAUUCUUCAUCUCUGCCCUAGCUGAGGAACACGUAGGAGAGAGUCAACAUCCAAAUAUUCGCCUUGAUAAGAAUUUGGUACAAGAUAAAGAACACAUCAUGGAACACCUGGAAGGUGUUAUCGAGAAACCAGAAUCUGAGAUGUCUCCACAAGAGUUGCAGCUCCAUUACUUCAAAAUGCAUGAUUAUGAUGGCAAUAAUUUGCUAGAUGGGUUAGAACUUGCUACUGCUAUCUCACAUGUCCACAAAGAGGAAGGUGGUGGACAUAGCCAAGCAAUGAAGGAAGAAGAGCUGAUUAGUCUAAUUGAUGAUGUCUUGAGAGAUGAUGACAAGAACAAUGAUGGAUACAUUGACUAUGCAGAAUUUGCAAAAUCACUGGAAUAAGGGUCUGUUUCUCCUCCUAACCACAUGAAAAUGUGAACCAGUAUAAUGUGAUUCAUUACUGUCUUGUAUCAACCCCUGUGCUGUGAGAAGUAGAGGUGUUCCAGUUCCACCUAAAUUUAUUUGAAAGUUGUAUGAGUCAAGAGUUUUGCUAACUUGGAGUGAGAGCCAUGUUUGACUAAACAUAAUACACAUUUGAAUUGUGAAGCAUGGAAGUGCCAGCAGUACUCACACAGGGUACAGCUGGCAAACUCCUGAGUAGCUCUGUGUGAAUACUAAAUAGAGUCAUUAGCAUCUAAAUUUCAGGUUUUCAGUCGUUGGGUUUUAUAGUUCUUAUUUGCUUACAUUUUCUAUUUAAAAUUAUACCUAGAAAACAAGAAAUGAUUACUGCAUAAUAGUUCUAUUCCAAGGGGAAAUGCCUUUACCUUCUCUCUAAUUUACAAGAAAAUCUGUAGAUAAGUACAGGUGCUUGAAACAGCAGUUGUAGAGGAAAAGCAUUUGAGUGUGAGUUAUGUUUGAGUUCCACAUGACACCAUAUGAACUUAAACAGCCUUUGAAUAAAUUGAGUAUUUUUAAAUAUAUGUACUUCCUAGCAUACCAUUACAUAUAAAUAUAUAUGUGUGUUUUUCAAUUUUUUGUCCUCUACAAAUUUACUUUUUAUAUCUUAAUUUACCAGGGGUUUUUUAUCUGCCUUCCAUUUUUUAAAGAAAAUUGAAGUAUUUUAUUACAUGUUAUGUUAAUGCUGUAUAGCAUUUGUUAGAAAGCUUCUGCUAUUUGGUUUUGAACCAUAGAAUGGCCUCGGUUGGAAGGGACCUUACAGCUCAUUCAGUUCCAACACCCCUGCCACAGUCAGGGACACAAUUUCCACUAGACCACGUUGCUCAGGUGUUCCCUCCCUAGGGUUAGGGCAUCUACAACUUCUCUGUGCAGCCUGUUCCAGUGCCUUUCCACCCACACAGUAAAGAAUUUCUUCCUAACAUCUAAUCUAAACCUAGCCUCUGUCACUACAUACUCUUGUAGAGUCCCACUCCCUCUUUUUUUAGGCUCCCUUCAGGUACUGGAUGGCUGCAGUUAAGUCACCCCAAUUUUUCCAGGCUGAACAAUUCCAACUCUCUCAGCCUUUCCUCACAGGAGAGGUGCUCCAUCCUUGUGAUCAUCUUGGUGGCCUCCUCUGGCUCCCUCCAGCAGGUCCAUGUCUCUCCUGAGGUGGAUGCAGGGUUCCAGGUGGGUCCCAGCAGAGCAGAGGGGCAGAAUCCCCUCCCUGCCCUGCUGCCCACGCUGCUUUGGCUGCAGCCCAGGACAGGUUUGGCUUUCUGGGCAGUGAGGGCACAUUUCCAGCUCAUGUCCAGCCUCUCACCCAGCAGCACCCCCAGGUCCUUGUCCCCAGGGCUGCUCUUGAUCAUCCCCCAGCCUGUGUUGAUACCAGGGCUGCUCCAUCCAGGUGCAGCAACUUGUACUUGGUCUUGUUAAACCUCAUGAGAUUCCUGUGGGCCCACUUCUCAAGCUUGUCCAGCUUCUGGAUAGCAUCUUAUCCUUCAGGACUGUUUUGAAGGUCACAUUAACAGUAAACCAGUUUUAAUAUUAAAGCUUUUGUUCAUUUUGGAUUUUGCAGUAUUAGCCAGCAGGAGAGAGCAAGUAAUGCUGCCUUGUUAAGGUUUAAGUUCAUAUUCCUUGACACCUGAAUUAUGGUAUUACUUUCAGGAAGUAUUUCAUAAUUUAACAGUUUCAAGCUACUUGAGUGUUUUCAAAUCAUCAUGGCUCUAGGAAUGUUUUCACUGUCUUGACUCAAUACUUGAUAAGUCAAGCAGUUUAAGAAUAUUAGAGCUGCGAUGUAUUGCUGUGUGAUUGAUGUUUGGUGACUGAAACAUAAUAGAAAUCUUAAAUUGCAUUCAAUGAUUUUUCAUUAAUAAAGAAUCUAAAUGUUAGCCUAUUUCUGUAAAAUGUAUAAAGAGCUAUUUUCUAUACAAAAUUAUUCUUAUACAAGAGAAACACAUUGUAAAAGAAACUAUUUCCUCUCUUUAAAUGUUUGUGCAAUGAAGCCUGAGUGUUGGAUUUUUUUUUUGUAUUAACUAUUUAUUUUGAAACCUUUGUGGCCAAGUUUGUGCUGGUUGUACAAGCAAUAAAAUUAGGCUGGGGUUUGUGCAUGCUGAUAGGAUACACAAGGCUGGAAGUGCUAGUAAGAAAUGCACCUCAUUUGCUGAUGUGUUUUUAAGCUUGUCUCUCUUACUCACAGUCAUCUUAAAAGAAAAUUCUUUCAGUUACACUUAGAGGGUUUCUUUGGGUUUUUUGGUUGGUUGUUUGGUUUUUUUUAAUCUCUUCUGAGGCUCUGAAUGAUCUGGAGUGAAUGUUGAAUCGGAAGAAAGUGUAGGAAAUGCUAGUGGCUAAGAGGGCACAAGAGGUUAAGCUGCUCAGCUUGAGCACUUAAAGCAGGUUGCCUGUAGCCCUGUCAACUCUUAUAUGCUUAUUGCUCUUGUGGUUUAACCCCAGCUGGCAGCAAGGGGCCACAGAACCGCUCACUCCCCCUGGUCUGAUGGCAGAGAGGAUCAGAAGGGCAAAAGUGAGAAAAUUUGGGGGUUGAAAUGAAGAUAGUUUAAAGCAAAAGCCCUGAGUGCAAGCAAAGCAAAAUAGGGAAUUUCUUCACUCCUGUCCAUGGGCAGGUGAUUGGCAGGAGAGCAAGGCUCCAUCACAUAUGAUGAUUGCUUGGGAAGACAAAUGCCACCACUCCAAAUAGACCCCUCCUUCUCUUCCUCCAUCCCCCUUAGCUUUAUAUGCUAAGCAUGGCACCAUGUGCUCAGGAACAUCCCUUUAGUCAUUUGGGGUCAGCUAUCCUGGCUCUGUCCUCUCUCAGCUCCUUGUGCACCUCUCACUGGUGUGGUGGGAUGAGAGGCAGAAAAAAAGAUCUGUGUAAGCUCUGCUCUGCAAUAAUGAAAAAUCCCUGUGUUACUAACUCUAUUUUCAGCACAAAUCCGAAACACUGCUCCAUACUAGCCAGUGUGAAGAAAAUUAAUUCUUUGCCAGCCAAAAUUAGCACAAUACUUAAGGCUCCAAGUUUUGGGUUUGAGAUGAAAGGGCAAGACUCUUACACAUGGUUUUCUCAUCACAUGCAACCACCUGUAAGUCUAUUUAUGUACUUCUGUUGUAUUCAUGUGAAUAUUUAUUUACUGCUAUUAUUGUAUGCGGCAAAAGACAUACACCACAGAAGCUUCAUAUUGGAAAUCAUAAAUGCUGGUAGUAUGAACAUUAUUUGCCAGCUAUUUUAAAUUUGUUUUAAGGGUCCAGAAGUAUAAAUAGAAAAAUUAUUUACUGAAAGGGGAAAAGAAAAUUGGUACCUUUGAUAUGCGUGAAGAACAAAAUAAAAUUUCUGCUUUCCUAUAAAGAACAGUUCAAGAAAAAUUACCCAAGCUGAAACCUGCAUUGUCAUGUCUUUACUCAGCCUUCUAAAACAAAUACACAUGCGUAAUUAGUACAAUUAAAGAUAAGUGUUUUAA